AUGCCAUCCGCGUUUGUUGGCCUCAGUCUACUACUCUGCACUGUCCCGUUCAGUAUGGCAGGUAUGGUCGGAGGAUUUACAGAGCAAAGUGCCAGCGAUCCAGAGUACAUGGAAAAAGCCUGGAAGGCAGCGAAAGGAAUUAACGACGAUGCAUCAAACGAUGGUCCUUAUCACAUGAUGCCAAUUAAGGUAGGCAAAAAAUUUAUUGAAUUCUGCUCGUUAGUUUCAAGUAAGCGGUGGUGA